GAGAAUCGAUUCGCCCAUGCUUGUUUGCCUCCAGUUUGCAAGGCAGGAAAGAGGCAGAAUCUCAGACGUGAGAUUGAAACGCAAGUGACAGGACUGGGAACAAGGGAGUUGCUGAAUUCUGCUGGAAUUUUUCCUGUGGGAAUCAGGGAGCAUUUUCCAAAAACUCCGGGAGGAAGUUCUAAUUGUGUGAUCAUGGCAGCUGCUCCUGUGCCAGAUCCUGUCUACGUUUUACGAGGAGCAAACAGUGCCAUUAAUACACUGUGUUUUCAAUGUUCAAACCCAGAUCCAGGUUUUCCUAUUCUUUACUCAGGAUCUUCUAACGGGCUGAUCCAUAUCUGGAAUCUGAAGACGCACCGAGUCUGUGACAGCCUGAAUGGCCACGGUGGAAAUUCAGUGUACUAUGUGCAAACAUUAUCCAAUAGAAAAAAUGGACUUCUUACUCAGGGCCGUGACCAGAAUAUCUGCCUGUGGGACUUAUCCGAAGGAAGGAACAUCGUCACGGAAAGCCUUCUCACGGAGAAUGUUGGAUUCUGCCGAUGUUCCCUUUCUGAGGUGACAGAGAAACGGUCGCUCCUGGCCACGGCGUGGAAAGAGUUAGAAGAGAUUUGCGUUCUCGAGAUGCCGUCUAAGACAUCCGUCUGUACCUUGAAGCCGGAGCCCGAUGCCAAGCUGGGCAUGCCCAUGUCUCUGAAGAUGUGGCAGCCCAACACCGGCUCGCAUCCUCACCUCCUGGCCGGCUACGAGGACGGAUCAGUGGUUCUGUGGAAUGUGUCCAUGGGGCGAAUGCUGAGUCGGCUCAUAUGUCAUAAGGAGCCUGUCAUGAGUCUUGACUUCGAUGCAGAGAAGACCAAGGGAGUGUCGGGCUCCUCGGAGAACAAGCUUUGCGUCUGGAGCCACACCAGACCGGAGAAGCUGGAGCUUCAACAAACGUACCAGCUGACCAACCCAGGGAUCUCCGAGGUGAGACUACGUCAAGACAAGAAGAUCUUGGCAACAGCCGGUUGGGAUCACCGCAUCCGUCUCUUUGGCUGGAAGAAGCUUAAGCCGUUAGCUGUCUUAGACUACCACACAUCAACCGUCCAUUGUGUAGCCUUCUCAGAUCACAACCAGCCCGGUGAGAGGCUAAUGGCAGCUGGCUCUAAGGAUCACCGUAUCAGUGUCUGGUCAUUAUAUAAUCAGACAUGAAAGGAGGACUGGAGAAGACCGACAUUUGUGGAGCUCCAAAAUGAGAGAGAACCAGUGACUGUCCUACAG